ACAGUUUAAUUAAUUACUACCCCUCGUAAUGACUUGGAUUAGAGUAUCAAUCUAGUUAAGAUUUUGAAUGGGUUUUUGUUAUAAAGGGACUGAGUUUUUUUGUUUUAGUGUGUGGCUUUUGGACUUUUGCAUGAUCCGAAAAGGUGCUUUCUUGUGAGUGUUGUUGUUGUGUGCGCUCUCUCUAUCUGCUUCUGUGUCGGCCAUAUAAUUAUUCUUGAUUAUACCUUGGAACAACGCCAACGAAAAGAUUCAUCUUCAAAAGGGAUUUUUGUUAACUGAUUUUGAGGAGAUUUUCAAGGCCCGGAUUUGUGUUUAGUUAGUUACUCAUAUGUAAGUGACUGAUUCAGAAAUUGUGGGUAGAUCUUGAAUUUUGUUGCGGUGUUUGGUUGGUUCAGCAGAACUCACUUACUCUGACUCAGUUGAAGUUUCAAGAGGAAUUAAAAUAUAUAUAUAUAUCUAUAUGAAGGCUUAUUGAAGGCUUUUUUGGUUGGCAAUGUUGAGAGUACAUGGAAUUACAACUUUCAUCUCUGGAUACUGGUUUUGGUGUAUUAUAAUAUAUAUGCAUCCUCUGGCUAUUUCAUUUUCUGCGGAGAUAUGGCACAAAGAUUCAAAAUUUGUUUUAUAGGCUCUCAUUAAAGGAGAUAAGCAUAAAGAAGAAGGGAUUUGUGAUAUAUGCAGCAGUGGUAGAGAUGAUUGCGUUUAUGGAGUCAAAAGAGAAGAUAAAAGAGGUUGACAAGUGCUUAGAUUCUCAACUAUGGCACGCCUGUGCAGGAGGAAUGGUGCAAAUGCCCCAAGUGAACUCGAAAGUCUUUUACUUUCCUCAAGGCCAUGCUGAGCACGCUUGUGGACCGGUUGAUUUCAGGAGCUGCCAAAAAAUUCCACCAUAUGUACUCUGUAGAGUCUCAGCUAUCAAAUUCAUGGCUGAUCCUGAAACUGAUGAGGUAUUUGCAAAAAUUAAGUUGAUUCCAGUUAGUAAUAAUGAACCUGAUUUUGAUGAUGAUGGAGUUGUUGGAAUUCACAACACUGGAACACAAGAUAAACCGGCAUCAUUUGCCAAGACCUUGACACAGUCGGAUGCUAAUAAUGGUGGAGGGUUUUCUGUUCCAAGGUAUUGUGCAGAGACCAUCUUUCCCAGAUUAGAUUACUCUGCCGAUCCCCCUGUACAAACCAUUCUAGCUAAGGAUGUUCAUGGUGAAACUUGGAAAUUUAGGCAUAUUUAUAGAGGGACACCUAGGAGGCAUUUGUUGACAACUGGGUGGAGUACUUUUGUGAAUCAUAAGAAGCUUGUUGCAGGAGAUUCAAUUGUGUUUCUGAGGGCAGAGAAUGGGGAUCUUUGUGUUGGAAUUCGCCGUGCAAAGAGAGGGAUUGGAGGUGGACCAGAGUUGUCUUCUGGAUGGAAUGGGAACUGUGUUACACCUUAUGGAGGGUUUUCUGCGUUUUUGAGGGAGGAUGACAGUAAAUUAAUGAGAAAUGGUAAUGUUAAUGGAUCAAAUUUGAAUAACGGGAAUAAUCUGAUGGGGAAAGGGAAAGUUAAGCCUGAAUCUGUAAUUGAAGCUGCAACACUGGCUGCCAGAAGGCAGCCCUUUGAGGUUGUGUACUACCCUCGAGCCGGUACCCCGGAGUUUUGCGUGAAGGCCUCACUGGUGAAAGCAACACUGCAGAUCCAGUGGUGCUCUGGAAUGAGGUUUAAGAUGGCCUUUGAAACGGAGGAUUCUUCACGAAUAAGUUGGUUUAUGGGAACUAUAUCUUCUGUUCAGGUUUCUGACCCACUUAACUGGCCUGAUUCACCUUGGAGGCUUCUCCAGGUUACCUGGGAUGAGCCUGAUUUGCUCCAAAAUGUGAAGCAGGUCAAUCCAUGGUUGGUGGAAUUGGUAUCAAAUAUGCCAGCAAUCCACCUAUCCCCCUUCUCACCACCAAGGAAGAAGUUGAGACUGCCACAACACCCAGAUUUCCCCCUUGAUGGCCAACUGUCAAUGCCAACAUUUUCUGGCAACCUCCUUGGACCCAACAGCCCCUUUGGGUGCCUAUCCGAUAAAACUCCUGCUGGCAUGCAGGGAGCCAGGCAUGCUCACUAUGGUCUAUCCAUAACGGAUCUCCACCUCAAUAAACUGCAGUCAAGUCUGUUUACAGCUGGUUUCCCACUGCUUGAUCAUGCUGCUGCAACCAUGAGGGCCUCCAAUAGCCCAAUUAUGCAGAAGCCUAGCAUGAGUGAGAACGUUUCUUGCUUGCUAACCAUGGCACAUUCUACCCAGACUUUGAAAAGAACCAAUGAUGUCAAGACACCCCAGCUUGUACUUUUUGGUCAACCAAUACUAACUGAGCAGCAAAUGUCUCUCAGCUGCUCUGGUGAUACAGUUUCACCGGUUCUUACUGGAAAUAGUUCAUCAGAAGGAAAUUUAGAUAAGAUGGCAAAUUUUUCCAAUGGUUCUGGAUCUGCAAUCCGUCAACAAGGCCUACAUGAGCACACAUUCUGUGAAGGGUUCCGCCCAGAACCCGAACCCGGCUUGGAGACUGGUCACUGUAAAGUGUUCAUGGAAUCAGAGGAUGUAGGUCGUACUCUUGACCUUUCAUUACUUGGGUCUUAUGAUGAAUUGUACAGAAAGCUUGCUGCCAUGUUUGGUAUAGAAAAUUCUGAGACACUUGGCCACGUACUUUACCAAGACAUUACAGGUGCAGUCAAGCACAUUGGAGAUGAACCAUUCAGUAACUUCAUGAAAACAGCUAGGAGGUUGACAAUUCUGAUGGAUUCAAGCAGUGACACUGUAGGAGUAUAGAGUAAAAGAAUAAAAUGAUGGUUCAAUUGUACAGCUGGAUGAUUGAAUCUUUUGUUCCCUACUGACUUUUUUUUGCUUCUUGAAGUUAUGAGAAGCUCCUCUCAUCCAUUUUUUUGGACUUUCAAGCUAAAUCCUCCCAAGACUCUUUGUUUCUUUUAUUAUCUUUGAAGUAAUAGUUGGCUUCUGACUGAAACCGCAUUUUCAUUGUCUCCUUUACAUAAAAGUAAAGCCUAUAGAUACUGGAUCUUUGUAGGAUAUGUGACCUAUCACUAUCUUCUAAAUAUCAGUAGUUUGUGGUCGGUUCAAUUUCAAAGAUAGUCUGAUUUAAAUAAGAUUUUCUCGUUACAAAUUUGUAACUAGAAUUCAGAAAUGAAACCAUUUUUCUGUAACACUCUUACG